AUUUAUGUAUGAAAAUGCAUUAUGAACGAUUAAGUCCGACAGCCAUAUAAGGAUUGUUCCAUCAUCCUACACUUGCUGGGUGUCAGAUUCUUCGAAGUAGGCCGAAGCGCUGUUGUGCGUGUGCUUGCUUCCCUUUACUGUAAACAUCAGCACAUGUGAAUGCCGAACUGAGUGAAAAGAUAUAGCGUUUUCCCUCAUUUUUCUCCUCUUCAUAAAAAUACUGUUCAUGAUGCCGUUCUUUCAUCGAAAAAUUGUCAUCUAGCGGUGCUUUGAACACUGGAUUACCAAUUAUUGGCAAUUUCUGCCCAGAAAACUUCUUUUACGGUGAGCGGAUUGCGGCUUUUACGGCUUCCUGUACAGUGACGUCACAUGAGCGCCAUCUUGUAGUAAUAAGGGUGUGCCGAGAAUAUCGGUGGAGUCGGGAAGGGUAAAGGCGAUCGAGUAAAGCUCGGUGACACAUCCACGAACUCAAGAUGUCCCUCUCACUCAAGGUGAGUGUGGUAGAGAAAAAUGUCGUCAAAACGAUGCAGUUCGAGCCGUCCACGAUAGUUUACGAUGCCUGCCGUGUGAUACGAGAAAAAAUAUCAGAAGGUGGCGAUGGAGGACUUGGCGAAACAAAAAACUAUGGUUUAUUCUUAGCUGAUGAAGAUCCUAAGAAAGGGGUCUGGUUAGAGUCUGGAAGGGCACUUGAGUAUUAUUUAUUACGAACUGGGGAUUUGUUAGAAUAUAAACGAAAAAUGAGACCCCUGCGUGUUCGAAUGUUGGAUGGAACCGUCAAAACUGUUUUAGUUGAUGAUAGUCAAGUUGUUGCUAAUCUUAUGGUUGUUAUAUGUACGAAAAUUGGCAUUUCAAAUCAUGACGAAUUUUCCUUAAUUAGAGAUUUUCCUGAUGAAAAUAAAGAACCUAACACAGGCACUUUGACUCUUCGAAAGGAUAAAAAAGAUAAAGAUAAGGACCAGAAAAUGGAACAGUUGAAGAAAAAACUGAAAACAGAUGAUGACAUGAAUUGGGUUGAUCAUUCAAAAACACUACGGGAACAAGGCAUUGAUGAAGAGGAAACUCUAUUGCUUAGGCGAAAAUUUUUCUUUUCAGACCAGAAUGUAGAUUCAAGGGACCCUGUGCAAUUAAAUUUACUUUAUGUCCAGGCAAGAGAUGCCAUAAUCAAUGGAACUCAUCCUGUAACUGUUGAUCAGGCUGUGCAGUUUGCUGCUAUACAAUGUCAGAUACAGUUUGGAGAUCAUGUUGAAACAAAACAUAAACCUGGAUUUUUAGAUCUUAAAGAGUUUUUACCAAAAGACUACUAUAAAAUGAAAGGCAUUGAAAAGAAAGUAUUUGCUGAACAUAAAAAGUACAGUGGCAAUAAUGAAUUAGAAGCUAAAGUGAAAUAUGUUUCUUCAGCCAGGUCCUUGAAAACCUAUGGUGUUACGUUUUUCCUUGUCAAGGAGAAAAUGAAAGGUAAAAACAAAUUGGUACCAAAAUUACUUGGAGUUACAAAAGAUAGUGUCUUAAGAUUAGACGAAAAAACUAAAGAGAUUUUAAAAACUUGGCCAUUAACUUCUGUGAAAAGAUGUGCUGCAUCCCCAAAUAGUUUUACUCUGGACUUUGGGGAUUAUACUGACCAAUAUUUAUCCGUCCAAACCACUGAGGGAGAACAAAUUCAACAGCUUAUUAAUGGAUACAUAGACAUCAUAUUGAAAAAGAAAAAAGCAAAGGAUCAUUUUGGUAUUGAAGGAGAUGAAGGUUCAACCAUGGUGGAAGAUAGUGUUUCUCCAGCAAAAGCUACAAUACUGCAACAUAAUCCUGCCGCAAAACCAUCCCACGCAAGUUCAGGUUCAGUUGCUAUUCCUGCUGUUAUGCGAGCUGGAGCUAACGGGCCUCGUUCCUACACUACAGGACAAACUCAAGGUGCUCAGUAUAGUGAAAUGAAAGGACAAGCUCAUAGUGCAUAUUCUGCUAUUCAGCCCCAACAUCCCAAGGUACAUAGCACAAUGUCUGAACCACAAAGAGCACUUUUGAGUACAAUUAGUGCUGGUAGAUGUGCUGUUGAUCGUGCUCAAAGUGAUCUCUCUGUCAAAAUAAAUCUUCCUGAACUUGGAACUGAUCCUGCUUCUGUUCAGUGGAGACAGAGUACAAUGGAUGUAAAGAAACAGAAUGUUUCUUCUCAGCUUGCAGCGAUGAAUGCUGCCACUGCUCAAGUUAUUACACUUACUUCAGGUCCUCCUGAAGAUGUAGAUCAUCCUGCUGUUGGUGCUGCUGUUACAACUAUAACCACAAACUUAUCAGAGAUGUCUAAAGAUGUGAAGAUGAUUGCAGCCUUGAUGGGUGAUGAUGUUCAAGGAGAAAAUCUGUUGGAUGCGGCUCGUAAUUUAUGUGCAGCUUUCUAUGACCUGCUAAAAGCUGCUGAACCUGAAACUAAAGAACCACGUCAGAAUCUCUUGAAUGCUGCUGGAAGAGUUGGAGAAGCUAGUCAUGCUGUUCUUCGCAAUAUUGGUGAAGAAGAUGCCAUUGAUAAAGAAAUACAAGAUAUCUUACUUGGUCUUGCAAAACGAGUGGCCAAUGCAACUGCAAACUUAGUCCUAAAAUCCAAAAAUGUUGCAAGCAAAUGUGAUGAUCAAGCACAUCAAAAUAAAGUAAUUACAGCAGCAACACAAUGUGCCUUGACAACAUCUCAGCUUGUUGCUUGUGCUAAAGUUGUUGCUCCUACAAUAACUAAUCCAACAUGCCAGCAUCAAUUGAUUGAAGCUUGUAAGGAAGUCUCUAGAGCAGUGGAAGGCAUAAACAAAGCGUGCAAUGAAGCUACAAGGGAUGAAAUGCUUCUUGGUGACAUGGGGCAAGCAAGUAGACAAGUCGAUGAUGCACUCAAUGAACUUUUGCACCAUAUAAGAACUGCAUCAAAGCAACGUGCUCAGGCUACAGUACAUGAUGGUGCAGUUGAAACAAUCUUAGAUGCUACUGACCGUUUAUUUAGCAGCACUGGUGAUGCUGGAGAAAUGGUUCGCCAAGCAAAAAUUUUGGCAACAGCAACUGCUAAUCUUAUUCAAGCAAUAAAAGGAGAAGCUGAUUCCCAGACUGAUUCUGACAUUCAGAAACGCCUUUUAGCUGCUGCUAAAAUGUUAGCCGAUGCCACCGCCAGAAUGGUAGAAGCUGCAAAGGGCUGUGCUUCUAAUCCUCAUGACUCUGCUUCCCAAGCUGCUCUUCAAAAAGCAGCUGAAGAUCUUAGAAGUGCAACUAAUGCUGCUGCAAAUAAUGCCCUGAAAAGAAAAUUAAUUCAAAGGCUAGAACAAGCUGCAAAGCAUACUGCUGCCAUGUCUACUCAAAACAUUGCCGCAGCUCAAGGGGCCAAUCAAUAUAAUAAAAAUUCUUCAUCUCAGGAAGAGCUCUUGGAAUCUUGCAAGGAGGUAGCAGAUGUCAUUCCUAGGCUGGUGCAAGGAGUGAAAAGUACAAUGAUGGAUGUGGAUAAUCCUUCUGCUCAACUUUCUUUAAUAAAUGCUUGCGAGCAAAUGCUUCAGCACGGGAACAAAAUGACUUCUGCAUCUAAAACAGCCAUUCCAACAAUAACAGAUCAAUCAGCCAGUUUGCAAUUGAGUAAUGCUACCAAGCAGAUGACCAAUGCUUUGACGGAACUGCGAUCAUCAUUAAUGAAGGCACAAGAAGCAUGUGGCAGUCUGGAAUUGGAAAAUGCCUUAGACUUAAUACGUAGUUUAGAUGAUGAACUUCUAGCAUUUAAAAAAGCUGCUGAUAACAUGAAUCUAAAACCUUUACCUGGAGAAACAAUGGAAAACUCUGCUUUGCAACUUGGAGCUAUUUCAAAAGUUGUUGGAUCUUCCAUGGCCCAAUUGCUUACUGCUGCUUCACAAGGGAAUGAAAAUUACACUGGAAUUGCUGCCAGAGACACUGGCAGUGCAUUAAAAAUUCUUACAAGAGCUGUGCGGGGUGUUGCAGCUACUAGCACUGAUAGAGAUGUUCAAACAAAAAUUAUAGAUAAUGCGAGAGAUGUAAUGGAUAAGUCAACACUGUUGAUCCAAGAGUCACAACGUGCAAUGAAUAAUCCAAGCAAUCCAGACAUACAACAAAGACUAACCCAGGUUGCAAAAUCAGUUUCAACUGCCCUCAACAGUUGUGUUAGUUGUUUGCCUGGACAAAAAGAUGUUGAUGAGUGCAUAAAAAAUAUAACUGAUGCAAGCCAAGUUCUCAAUUCUGGAGAGUUUCCACACUCCAAUAAGCCAUACAGUGAACUUCAGAGCAAUUUAAGUAAUGCAGCUGCCAAUUUAAAUCUUGCUGCCUCAGAUGUUGUUGCUUCAUCUAAAGGAUCCUCUGCACACCUUGCUACUUCAUCCAAAAAAUUUGGAAGAGCUUUCAAUGAACUUCUUGACAGUGGAGUUGAAAUAAUUGGUGGCACAAAAGAUACAGAAAUCCGUGGCUCUAUGGUGGUCAGCCUUAAGAAUGUAUCGAUGGUAUCCAGUAAGCUCCUUGUGGCCGCAAAAUCAGUUGCUGCUGACCCGACAGCACCAAAUGCAAAAAAUCAGCUUGCAGCUGCUGCAAGAUCUGUCACUGAGAGUAUUAAUAAUUUGAUCAAUAUCUGCACUUAUGCAUCCCCUGGUCAAAAAGAAUGUGAUAAUGCUAUUAGAAAUAUACAGAGUAUGAGACCAAUAUUGGAUAAUCCAAAUGAACCUAUCAAUGAUUUGAGUUAUUAUGAUUGCCUUGACGCUGUCACUGAAAAUUCAAAGAAUUUGGGAGAUGCCAUGACUGGAAUAGCUAAUUCUGCUAAAAAGAAUGAGCAUGAAAAUUUUGCUGAAGCGGUUAAUGAUGUAUCUGGUGCUGUUUGUGGACUUAUUGAAGCUUCUGCUCAGGCAGCCUACCUCGUAGGUGUUUCAGAUCCUUCAACUGUUACUGGAAAAGUGGGACUUGUGGAUGUUGCUCAGUUUGCUCGAGCCAAUCAAGCUAUUCAAUCGUCUUGUCAGCAAUUAGUAAGCUCUGCCUGCAAUCAGCCACAGAUACUUUCCAUUGCCACAGUAAUUGCCAAACACACAUCGGCCCUAUGUAAUUCUUGUAGAGUUGCUUCCUCAAAAACUUCAAAUCCUGUUGCUAAGCGUCAUUUUGUUCAGUCUGCUAAAGAUGUUGCAAAUGCUACAGCAAAACUGGUCAUAGAAAUAAAAGCUAUUGAUCAAGAACCAACAGACAAAAAUAGACAAAAUAUUUCUGCUGCUGUUAGACCUCUAAUUGAAGCUGUUGACAAUCUUACAACAUUUGCUAGUUCUCCUGAUUUUGCAAGCAUACCAGCCAAGAUAAGUCCGAAGGCAAGAGCUGCCCAAGAACCAAUUACUUCAGCUGGUAAAAGUAUAAUAGAUGGCUCUUGCAAUAUGUUGCAGUCUGCUAAAUCUCUAGCAGUUAAUCCAAAAGAUCCUCCAUCAUGGCAGACUUUAGCAAACCAUAGUACAAAUAUCUCGGACGCCAUUAAGAGACUGGUAUCAUCAAUUAAAGUGAAAGCACCUGGGCAAAAGGAAUGUGAUGCUGCCAUAGAAAAAUUGAGCGCCUGCAUCAAUGAAUUAGAUCGAGCAUCAUUAAGUACUAUUAGUCAGAAUCUGGCUCCCAGGACUGAUUAUAGCUUAAAGGGUUAUCAAGAACAAAUGGAAACAAGUGCUUCUGAAAUUUUAGACAGAAUAGACCCAGUUAGAAUUGCAGCUAAAAGUGAAGCAGAGAAAUUGGGUCAUUUGGUAACACAAAUGAGUUCAUUUUUCGAUCCACUAGUUCAAAAUGCGAUUGGCAGUGCAUCUAAAACUUUCAACUCAAAAAGACAAAUGGCGUUACUAGAUCAGACAAAGACUGUAGCCGAAUGUGCUUUGCAGUUAAUAUAUGCUUCAAAAGAAGCUGGAGGAAAUCCUAAAGCAACACACUUGUAUUGCGAAAUUGAUGACUCCGCUGAUGGAAUGAAAGAUGCUUUGCAAGAUUUACUACAGACAUUAGAACUUGCAGCCACUGAAGCUGGCGUGGUUACUGGCCUAGUUGAUUCAGUUAAUAAAUCUAUUGUGAAAGUGGAAGAACCAGUGAUAAAUACAUCUGAAAGUUCUUUUGUAGACUUCCAAACGCGAAUGGUUUCUAGUUCAAAAGAAAUAGCUAGGCUUGCUCAAGAGAUGAUCACGAAAUCGGUUGCUGAUCCUAACCAACUAGUGCCUUUAGCUGCAAAACUGGUGCACCAAUUUGCUAAUGUAGCAGCUGAUACAAGAGGAGCCAUUUCUUCUACACCUAAUCAAGAUGUUGCUAAUAGAAUCAGAAGCAGUGUACAGGAUUUAGGGACUGCUUGUAUUGAUCUUACCAAAGCUGCUGGAUCCUGCCAGAGUAAUCCCACAGACACUUACAGUCAGCGUGAUGUUUCAGAUAAUGCUCAUACAGUGACUGAAAAAGUCUCAUUUGUGCUUGCAGCUUUACAAGCUGGUUCACGAGGUACUCAAGCAUGUAUUAAUGCAGCCAGUACCGUCAGUGGCAUUAUUGGUGAUUUGGACACAACAAUAAUGUUUGCUACUGCCGGAACAUUGCAUGCUGAACAUGAAAGCGAAACAUUUUCUGAUCAUAGAGAUAAUAUUUUGAAAACUGCUAAAGCACUUGUUGAAGACACCAAAACACUUGUAGCAGGAGCUGCUUCAAGCCAAGAACAACUAGCUGUUGCUGCUCAAAAUGCUGUUACUACCAUAAUUCAGUUAGCUGAAGUUGUAAAGCUUGGAGCUGCAUCACUGGGAGCAAACAAUCAAGAAGCACAGGUAUUGCUAAUUAACGCUGUUAAAGAUGUGGCCACAGCAUUAGGUGAUCUUAUUCAAUCAACCAAAGCAGCAUCUGGAAAGAGUAUCCAUGAUCGAGCAAUGUUGCAUUUAAGGGAUUCUGCAAAACUGAUGGUAACAAAUGUUACGUCCUUGUUGAAAACUGUAAAAUCUGUUGAAGAUGAACACUCUCGAGGUACCAGAGCUCUUGAGUCAACUAUUGAAGCUAUUGGGCAGGAAAUACGGGCUUAUGAAUCAGCAGAUCCUCCAAUGCGAUCAGCAACUGCGGAAGAACUUAUUAGAUCUACCAAACCAGUGACCAUAGCAACAACAAGAGCAGUUGCAGCUGGCAACAGCUGUAAACAGGAUGAUAUAAUAGUUGCUGCCAAUAUGGGAAGAAAGGCGAUCUCUGAUUUUCUUAUGACUUCUAAGGCUGCAGCAUACACAUCUGAAACACAGGAACUGAAAGUGAGAAUUUUGAAAACUGGUUCUAACAGUGCAACUCAUUACUGGGAUCUGUUGAAAACACUUCAUUUUGUAAUUCAAAAGCCGAGCAGUGAAGGGAAAGAGCAGCUGCUAACCAUAUCAAAAACUAUUGCUCAUACAAUUCAAGAUGUUAUAUCUUGCGCUGAAGCCUUAAAAGGAUCGGAUUGGGAAGAUCCAGAUGAUCCUAUGGUGAUUGCAGAAACAGAAUUAUCUCAUGCUGCUCUUACAAUUGAUGCUGCUGCAAGAAAACUAGCAAGCUUGAAACCACGAAUAAGCAAACAUCAUGAAACGGAUGAAUCUAUGAAUUUUGAUGAAAUGAUAUUAGAAGCAGCUAAAUCUAUAGCUGCAGCAACAUCAGCAUUAGUUAAAGCUGCAUCUGCUGCACAAAGGGAGCUUGUGCUUCUUGGAAAGAUUGGAUCUAAUCCUACUUAUACAUCUGAUGAUGGGCAGUGGUCUGAAGGCUUAAUAUCUGCUGCAAAACUUGUUGCAGCCGCUACCCAUAGUUUGGUUGAAGCUGCAAACUCAUUAGUACAAGGACAUGCUUCAGAAGAAAAACUCAUUUCUUCAGCCAAACAAGUUGCAAGUUCAACGGCACAGCUGUUGGUGGCGUGUAAAGUCAAAGCUGACCCUGAUUCUCAAACCAUGCACCGCUUGCAGCAAGCUGGAAAUUCUGUGAAACGUGCUACCGAUAACCUUGUAAAAGCUGCCCAGCAGGCCAUUGAGCAUGAUGAAGAACGAAGUCUCAUCAUCAACAAGAGAAUGGUUGGUGGAAUCGCCCAAGAAAUUGUAGCUAGAGAAGAAAUCUUAAAAAAAGAAAGGGAGCUUGAAUUAGCUCGAGAAAAGCUGGCUGCACUUCGAAAAGCAAAGUAUGGAAACAGAUCCCCAGAUGAAUAUCAUGGUUAUGGCUCAACAUGAAAUUAACAGUUAUAUAUGUACUUGAGGAGCACCACAGGUCCUUAAAACAGUGCGUACAAUCAUGUAAAAUAUUACACUAGCAUUACAUUUUUCACUUGAAAAAGUAUGCCUUAUAUAAACUAUAAUAAUUUAAUAAGGCUCUAUCUUUUGUAAAAAGUAUGACUGAUAAGUAAUGUAUAAAAAAUAAGAUAAUAUACAUCUUUAUAACUCUUCCAAUAUCAAAACAUGUAUAGUAUAUGUUUGUAACUUUGUAAAUUCUUGUUGAAAGAUAAAUUUGUAAAUUAAAUGUUCUGUCAUGAACAUGUGUUGAAAUGGACAUUUAUUAAUCAUUUAUGCAUUGUUAAUUUUUCAUAUAUCACUUUUAUAUAAACCUGAGCAGAGUUUAAAGCCUUUAAUUUUAUAUAAAAAAAAUUGUUUUAGUGAUUCAAUGUUAUCUUAAAUACAUACAAGAAACUUACACAGUAUUUAUAAUGUUGUUAGACUGAUGAAAACUUAAUUUUGAUAAAUAUAUCUUGCAAAAGUGUACAUAAGAUUUGAAACUGAUGGUUUCAUACUAAACUAUUUUUAUUUGUGAAAAAGCUCAUUAUGUUAAACCAAUAAUGGUUCACUGUUACUAGUCAUUCUGCAAACAAAUUUUCAAUUUGUUUUGCAUAAUGCCUGUAUAAAAUGUGGUGCUGUAUUUGAAAAAAUGUGACAUGUUUGCAUCUCUAAUCAUCAAAAAUCUUAGUUUUGAAAUGAGUGCUUUACUAAUGUGUUAUAGUUUUGUAGAAUUCCAGGUUUUCAUUAGCUUUAAACUAAUGAUUUGUUGCAUUUAAGAAAUACUAAAUUAAUAUUUCUUUUUUUAUUCUUGUAGGAUUCCAGGUUUUCAUUAGCUUUAAACGAAUGUCUUUUUGCAUUUAGGAAAUGUUAAAUCUAAAAUUUGCAUUCUUCAAAUGAUUAGAAGGUUUUCACAAAAACAAUCAACUUUUUUAUUUGGAACUUAAUAUUCUUAACAAGUCUUGUAAAAAUAAUAUUAAUGCAAUUAAUGCUUCUAUGUUUGAUUUGAAAAACUUACAGAAAUGGCAUUUAGUUUAGCAUUUCUUUUUGUCCGAUUCAUAUCAUUUAUGUGGUGUUUAUGUUUAUUGUUGUAUCUCUGCCAAUGCUUUUAUAAAGCAUUGAAUCGUGCCAUGUUUUAGUUACCUACAUGAAUUCUCUCGAUAAAGAAAAUGAACAUCAAUGAAUUGACUUGAUCUCCCAUUAAAGUUACUGAGCUUAUUUGAUCCCAUAAUGCACAAUUAUUUUAUGCUUAUGUUUGAAAAAAUAAUUAAUAAAUCAUUUUAAGAAAAAGACAAAACUUCUAUUAAGUAGAUUGAAAUUUUUAUACUAGUUGCUUUUUGAAAUUGUUAUUGUCUUAAGUUUCUAGCCAAGUUGAAUGUGCAAUAUGAUUUCAAACAAAACAUAUGUACAUGCCCUGCUGUUUCGUCCAUAAUCAUGAAAAUUUGUUGUGAAUAAUGAAUAUUUUGCAAUUAUUCCUUUAUAAAAAGAAGAAAAAAGUUUUUACUGGACACAUGAGUUUAAUAAAAUUGCUUUGUUGUUUA